AUGGACUCGGAUUCGAAUCUAUUUCUUGAACCUGUCAAAGAGUUUCUUCAGGGGACGACCUCCUCGCCUUGCUCCGUCAUGGCAGAAGCAUUUCUCCAUAGUAUCCCGGACUCGGCCCAGUUUCAGGUCGCUCUCAGUAUCCUGCUGCCUAUAAUGGGUGAUAUCACAGUAUCCGAUCAAGCUCGAAUCCAAGCAGCAUACAUACUUUGGUACCUAUACAGAAACCACUCACUCAGCUUCAACCCAUUUCAAGUCGCUUUCAGAGAAACGCUGGAGUCUGAGAAGGCGCGACCCGGUUCGAUGCUGUCCAGUAGUGCACCAGCAUUCCCUCCCUUCGCAUCUAUGCUCCAAAUGAUUCUUACUGGACAGGGAUUCGAGCUAGCGACUCACUCCCCAGAUAGUUUGGUGACACGAUGGCCAUUUGGCAAAGAAAGCAUAUCACCACGAUCAAUUGCAUCGACGGUGUCCGGAAGUUCUGGUCCUCUGGACCCAGAGUUUGACGACGUGUCCGUGGCAAGACGACUUCUCCAAUGCGCCAGCGAAACAGUUCUUGGCAUCACAGAGGGUCGUAUGCUGCAGAAGAUGCUUCCGACAGUUCCAAUUCCACUCCCUAAGAGGACCGAAGCCGACGACGCACUAUUCCCGCUGAAUGAUCUUCACGCCAUUGUUUCAAACAAUCCCGGGAAUUUGGCCUAUCUCUUGCUCUCACAGAUCAUCUCCCAGUCUUCGGGUGAUGUUCGAGGAUACUGUUGGCCCGUCCUCACUAGUCUGCCACCGACACUCGCGACAUUUGACCUGUGGACGAGGCUGCUGAGGGACAACCGCCCUCUUGCAUUUCCGGACAGCGAUGAGAAGAUGACGGUGGCUGUCUGUGCACGACAAGCCGCACUGAUUGCGUUUGUUUCACAUUGUGACGAUUGUGUGGACCGCAUGCAAGAUGAGGGAGGGCCGGAUGGGCGCCAAAUUGGCAUCAAUCCAGAGGAUGCAUGCGGAAAGGCUAUUCAGAAUUUCUCGAAAUUUUGUCUACUGUUGCUGAGGUCGAGGCCCGACCCGGCGCACGGGAUUUGGGCCGCGGGGAUGGACGAGGAGGAGUGGUUUGGAAUCGUGACUAUUAUCCAGCGCUUUGCACUGAGGUAUUCCAUGUUGGAAGGUGCCAGCGAGCUUUACCGGGUGACUGCGCAACUGGGACAGCGAGGUGGAAGCGAUACGAUGGCCUAUUACGGCUCACUGACGCCCUCACGCCCCGCGCCGUCUGCUCCCAAUGGCAGAGGCGGGCCCGUCAAUAACAGUCUGUACGCAGGCUCGUCGUACUCUGCAAACUAUGCGCCCUACGGCUCUGGGUCGUCCUCUAUCGGCUUUUCGCCAUCAUCCAACGCGUCCUUUCGCUCCGGCUCGUCGACUGCUCUGAGCGCCAGCGGUCCGUCCGACGGCGGCGUCGUCAGGCAAGGUUAUGUCUCUGUCAAGGAAGAUGGCUUUGCAAGCUUUUUGUGGAGCAGAAAGUGGCUCAUCCUCAAGGAGCACCUUAUCUCCUUUCACAAAAACGAGACGGCCCCUCAAACCUCUAUGUUACUCCUCGCGGACAUUACCAAUGUUGACCGGACAGACCUGCGGCCGUACUGUCUGCUCAUCGAGACAAAGGAUCGCAAAAUCUAUUUCAAUCUCAAGAGCGACGACGAAGUCUACGGUUGGAAGGAUGACAUUUACGCGCGUAGCCCUCUCAUGGGAUUCAGCAACCCCGUCAAUUUUGUUCAUAAAAUCCACGUCGGAUUCGAUCCAACGACCGGCAACUUUACUGGCUUACCAGAACAAUGGACACGGCUACUGACCUCGUCUGCGAUUACUCGGGAAGAUUACGCGCGAAACCCGCAAGCCGUUUUGGAUGCCUUAGGGUUCUAUACGGAGCAUCAGAAGCGCGAGUUUGAAGAACACGGUAUGACGGGUGGUAUGGGUGGUGGUAUGGGCGGCGUCGGGUCUCUAUCGAGUAAUCGUCCCCCAUAUGGCUCCUCUGCGCCACGAUUCAAUGAGGGCACUGGCUAUGCUGGCGCCAAAUCCACGGCAUCUCCCUCAGCCUCUACGACGAGCCUCGUUUCCAGAGAGCAACAUGAGCGCCCUUCGUUAACACGACAGGAGAGCGCUCCGCCAGGUUUGGACCCCAAGGGAUAUUCAAGCCGGACGGAUUACGCCAAUGGCACUUCCAGCUCUGCGCGGGGUCCUACUCCACAACUUCAGGCUACCCGUCCAGCUCCUCCGCGCCCACAAGUCCAGCAACAGCCAUCCCGCGGGUCGCCCAAAGCAAGUAGUACGACGCCACCCCGUGCCCAAGGACCCAGAGAUCUUGUGCCGACUAAAUCCAGAGAGGAUGCGCCCGCUCCACAACGAGAGAGGGAACCGCAGCCUGUGCCAGCCCGAAAGGAAUCUAUCAACGAUAGACCGCUACCUCAGCCCACUCCUCAGCAAAUUCAGCAGCAGCAGCGCCAAAGAGAACGCGAAUUGGAAAAGGAGCGAGAACGCCAACGAGAGAGAGAAAGGGAACGUGCAGAACAGUCUCAGCAAGAAGCCCAGCGUCCACAGCUUGUUCCUUCAAAGUCGAUGACCGCAAACGCCAAUCCGGCGACAGAUCCAGCACCAGGCCCGGCAGGCGCACUUGUCGGUCCUCCACCAGUCAAACCUCUUCAACCUGCCAAAAAGCUUCCUCCUGUCGAAAACGCUGCUAUUAGUGCCGCUCAAGCCGCCCUCGAGAAGCCAAUGCCCAAGCAAGUAGAAAAGCGAUUCAGCACAAUGACAGAGGCACAGAUUAUGGAUAAGCUCCGAAGCGUUGUCAACCAAGAUGACCCAAAGACGCUCUACUCGACGAUCAAGAAGAUUGGUCAAGGUGCAUCGGGACAUGUCUAUGUCGCAAAGGCGCUCACGACGGGCAAGAAGGUUGCAAUCAAACAGAUGGAUUUGGCCCACCAGCCCAGGAAGGAGCUUAUCGUCAACGAGAUUCUCGUCAUGAAAGAGUCACAACAUCCAAAUAUUGUCAACUUCCUCGACGCCUACCUUGUCAAAGGGAACGAGCUCUGGGUAGUUAUGGAAUUUAUGGAGGGAGGCGCCCUCACCGAUGUGAUUGAAAAUAACAAUCUGGAGGAAGACCAGAUCUCAAGCAUCUGUCUGGAGACUUGCAAGGGCCUAGGACACCUUCACGAUCAAAGUAUCAUUCACAGAGAUAUCAAGUCUGAUAACGUCCUACUCGACGCGCAAGGCCGCGUCAAGAUCACUGACUUCGGCUUCUGUGCCAAACUCACGGAUCAAAAGUCGAAGAGAGCCACUAUGGUCGGGACACCAUACUGGAUGGCACCAGAGGUCGUGAAGCAGAAAGAGUAUGGCGCCAAGGUUGACAUCUGGUCAUUGGGCAUCAUGGCUAUCGAGAUGAUCGAAAACGAGCCACCAUACCUCGACGAAGAACCCCUAAAGGCACUCUAUCUCAUUGCAACCAAUGGAACGCCAACGCUUAAGAAACCGGAGGCUCUGAGUCGAGAGCUCAAGCACUUCCUGAGUGUUUGUCUCUGCGUCGAUGUGAAGAGCCGAGCAAGUGCGGCAGAAUUGCUGGAUCACGAAUUCUUGAAGAAGGCUUGUUCACCCUCAGGCUUGGCCGCUCUAUUGCGAAAGCAAGUCAAGGCAUCUUAG